AUGACCACCCAGACAAACACCAGCUAUAGCGCACGACAACAAGUCUUCCAAGCCACAGAGCUCAUGGAACACAUCCUCCUCCAACUCCCCUGGAAAGACCUCUUCGUAUGCCAAUCCGUCAGUCGCCAAUUCCGCGACGCGGUCAUGGGGUCAACGUUGAUUCAGCAAAAGAUGUUCCUUCUACCUGUCUCCCCAGCACCAUCUUCAGGCCUUCAAAUCUGUCCAGCCCUGCAAAGACGCCCCAACCGACGCCGAAAAGACAUCUUCAAACACCUGCCCCAAGAGCCCGAGGUCAUUUGCUCGAUCAAGCCUCCUACGGAUGGUGGAGACCUCACAUCGUCGUGGAGCAGAUUAUACCUCACCAACCCACCCGUCAAAGAGAUCUGGGCGGGUCUGUGCUGGAAAGUCGCUGGGGAGGAUGGCGCUUGGGGGCUUGGUCAUUAUAGUGGUGUGCGACCAAUCUACGAUCCGGAAGGGUUCACGAUCGGCAAGAUGCUGCAUGCGACGCUUCGUGAUGAGCGGGGGAGGCUCGAUGCGGAAGCCAGUUGGUUUGCCGUGGGCCAAGAAGACGAGUUCAUGCGUGGUUGUGGAAAGAAAGUUUUGGGGGUUGUCGAGAAGCUGGAGAGGAGUUUGGGGGCUAAGGCGAGGUUCGAGGCGGGGACUGUUAGGUUCUUGGACACUAGCAUGUGA